CGGUGGCCCUUCCAGUCGCGUUACUAUCCAGAGAUUCAUCCGUACCAGGGACGGAGGGAGAGAGGAGGGGAGAGGGAGGAGGGGACACACACACACACACACACACGGGGGGGUGGGGAGAGAGAGAGACUGCCUCCAGCUGCUCUCGCUGGAGAAAGGGAGUGACCCAAGGGGCCGCGAGUGAAGGGGCAAGAUGGCUUAGGCACCUCUGCCCAAACGACCCCACGACAGGGAGAGGUUCCAGCUACAGCUCCUCCGUGGGGUCAUGGCAGGGGCUGGGGAGUCCCCCCGAAAUCCCUGAGCGCCCCUUGCACUGCCGCUAAGGGACACCUCAGAAGUUAGCCUCAGUGGGACUCGGCAGCUCCGAUCUCAACAACAUCCCAGCUAUGGCUGGCGAUUCUAGGAAUGCCAUGAACCAGGGCAUGGAGAUUGGAGUUACUCCUUGGGACCCCAAGAAGAUUCCCAAACAGGCCCGCGAUUACCUCCCCAUUGCCACAGACCGCACACGCCUGCUGGCCGAGGGCAAGAAGCCGCGCCAGCGCUACAUGGAGAAGAGCGGCAAGUGCAACGUGCACCACGGCAACGUGCAGGAGACCUACCGGUACCUGAGCGACCUUUUCACCACCCUGGUGGACCUCAAGUGGCGCUUCAACCUGCUCGUCUUCACCAUGGUUUACACUGUCACCUGGCUGUUCUUCGGCUUCAUUUGGUGGCUCAUUGCUUAUAUCCGGGGCGACCUGGACCACGUUGGUGACCGAGAGUGGAUUCCUUGCGUUGAAAACCUCAGUGGCUUCGUGUCCGCUUUCCUGUUCUCCAUUGAGACGGAAACGACCAUUGGGUACGGCUUCCGAGUCAUCACUGAGAAGUGCCCAGAGGGGAUCAUACUCCUGUUGGUUCAGGCCAUCCUGGGCUCCAUCGUCAAUGCCUUCAUGGUGGGGUGCAUGUUUGUCAAGAUCAGCCAGCCCAAGAAGAGAGCGGAGACCCUCAUGUUUUCCAACAACGCGGUCAUCUCCAUGCGGGACGAGAAGCUGUGCCUCAUGUUCCGAGUGGGUGACCUCCGCAACUCCCACAUCGUGGAGGCCUCCAUCCGUGCCAAGCUCAUCAAGUCCCGGCAGACCAAAGAGGGCGAGUUCAUCCCCCUGAACCAGACCGACAUCAACGUGGGCUUCGACACGGGCGACGACCGCCUCUUCCUGGUGUCUCCCCUCAUCAUCUCCCAUGAGAUCAAUGAGAAGAGCCCUUUCUGGGAGAUGUCUCAGGCUCAGCUUCAUCAGGAGGAGUUCGAAGUCGUGGUCAUUCUAGAAGGGAUGGUGGAAGCCACAGGGAUGACCUGCCAAGCCAGGAGCUCCUACAUGGAUACAGAGGUGCUCUGGGGCCACCGAUUCACACCAGUCCUCACCUUGGAAAAGGGCUUCUAUGAGGUGGACUACAACACCUUCCACGACACCUAUGAGACCAACACACCCAGCUGCUGUGCCAAGGAGCUGGCCGAAAUGAAGCGGGAAGGCCGGCUCCUCCAGUACCUCCCCAGCCCCCCACUGCUGGGGGGCUGUGCUGAGGCAGGGGUGGAUGCAGGGGCUGAGCAGAAUGAGGAAGAUGAGCCCAAGAGGCUGGAAAACUCACCCGGGCCCAGAAGAUGCGCUCUGCUGGUCCCAGUCAGAAGAUCGACACCGAUGCACGCACAGCAGAUAUCUCCUUAGGCCUUGUUAGAUCCCAGCCAUAAAGUGUGCUGACUUUCUUAUGGUAAAUAAAUGUCUAGGAGGAAGUUCUGAAAACAGAAACAUUGCUGACUUCUUCUCAAGUGAGUGUUUACAUUGAUUCAGAAGCUGCUAUUCAAAUAACCUUGGCUCACUUGGUGGAGGCAAAAAUCUUAAAUUCCAGAGGAGAAAUUACUGAGAAUUUGGGCACAUUAACAUAUACUUUGAGCUUCAUUUUUCUACCAAGUAAGCAAAAGCGUAAGCGGAGCCAUCCUCGGCUGCGCUGGGCGAGUCUGCAGCAGUGAGCGAGGAGGUGACGUACAGAGGCACUGAGAACUCCUGUGUGCACCCACUGGAUGCCACAUUCCAAAUUGCCUCUCUUUUUUGAGACAGAGUCUCACUCUGUUGCCAAGGCUGGAGUGCAAUGGUGUAGUCUCA